AUGGAUUCUUUUCCUCAGUACAAGCCGCUAACAUCAAAAAUCCCCUUGCUGAACAAAAAUUACCAUGUUUUACUGAGCUUCAGAGGGGAGGAAGUGAAAAAAACUCUAGUAGAUCAUAUGUUGGAAUCCUUAAAUGCUAUUGGAAUACGUGUUCACAAUAAUAAGCUGAAGCGAGAUGAUAUCGAUGACGCCUUAAAGGAGGCAAUUGAAAACAGCGAUAUCAAUAUCCCCAUCUUUAGCAGAAGUUAUGCUCGGUCAUCGUGGUGUCUGCAGGAGGUUACGCGUAUGUGGAAAUCCAAAGUGCUCAUCAUUCCCCUCUUUUAUGACGUCCAGCCGUUCCAGGUUCGAGUCGCAGAGAGUGAAAGCCAGGCAAGUAGACAUGGCGAAACAUUGCGGGAACACUAUCCACCAGAAGCGAUGGAGGAGUGGAAACAGGUGUUGCAUCAAGUUUCCAAUCUUCCCGGGUGGGCGUUCGACUCCAGAUCCUGCUUUGAAGGAGACCUCGUGAAACGCAUAGUCUGUGAUGUUACCAACACAUUUGAUAAAAUUCCCUUUCACAACGUUGCAAAGCAUCCCGUCCAGCUUGAGAAGAAGUUACAAGAGGUCAUUCGCUUGCUGAAUCUACACAACCAAGCCGAUGCGGUCACAGUCGGUAUUUGGGGAAUGGGCGGCUGUGGCAAAACAACCAUUGCAAAGGCCGUGUACAACCAUAUCUUUCAUUGUUUUGAUUCUUGUUCUUUUCUGCCCGACGUUCGGAACAUGUCCCACAAGCAAUUUCGAGAGCAGACCAUCAGAGAGGUUUCUGCAUCGCAGCGAGCCCUGGUGGUUUUAGAUAAUAUUGAUGACAGCAAGCAGAUGGAGUUACUGAUACGCGCAAAUUGGGGCGGUCGGGGAAGCAGAAUGAUCGUAACAACGCGCGAUAAGCACGUGUUAAACCUGUUACAUAUAGACGUAAUUUACAAGAUGGAAGGGCUGGAGUAUGAGGAAGCCCUGCGUUUGUUCUCUUGGCAUGCAUUUUUGAGGCCCGAGCCAGAUAAAAUAUAUAGACAACAGUCGAAAAGGAUUGUGAAGGCCUGUUGCGGUCUGCCCUUGGCAAUUGAAGCCGCGGGAGAUCUUUUGCACGACAAAAAGGAAUCCCUUGAAUACUGGAGAGAGGCAUUGAGAACCCCAAAGAGCAUCUGUCACCAAAAAAUUUACGACGUGCUCAAGAUUAGCUAUGAUAAUCUCACUUAUCAGGAGAAAGAGAUAUUUGUAGACAUCGCUUGCAUUUUCAGAGGUAAAGAGAUAGAGCAGGGCAUCCGGUACUGGAAAAGAUUGAAGUGGGAUGCACAUACAGCCAUCACAAAUCUCGAGCUUAAAUCUCUUAUAAUGAUAUGCGAUGAUGAUAUAUUUAUGAUGCACAGCCUUCUCAGAGAUAUGGGAAAGGCGAUCAGAAAAAAAGAUAAUUCCUCACCGUUCUCUUUCAACCGUCUCCCUGUGUUGACCCUUCGGUUCAAAUUGGGGGCCUUCAAAUUGUGCAGGAACUUUUGUGCUAAUAAAAAAUUAGAGACUACUAUGGUGAUUGAAAGCACACGUCCAGCUGGGAGAAGCAAAGCCAUUACUGGAUGUUGCUUUGUUUCUAAUGAAAAACUGGGUUUAGAACUUCAAAUUUCGGUUUGA